AUGGGGUUUGGACCCUCAUUUGGAAUAGAUAAUCGAAUCAAGACACAAGUACCGGUCUGGAAAUUGAUCAUGAUGGUUUAUUUCUCCACCUGUUAUGCAGUAUUCAUCUUGAUCACGAUUCAGGCAGGAAUCGUUGCUUCUGAAGCAGCUCAGUUGAUCAAUUUCUGCAUUGGAGCCAAGUUUACGAAAAAAAUUGACGCCAUGGUGUUCCUGUUGGCUGAUAGCAUUUUCAGUGGGUGUUUCCUUACACCGAUCGGAUACAUUGUGCUCAGCGUGGUGUACCCUUGCAUGCCGCCCCUCUUGACCAGCUUAACGCAGGAGAGUUGUCGAGGCACGGGAAAACAGGUCCAUAUUGGAAUACUUGGAAAAAUUCUGGUCGGAAUGAUGGAAGGGUACACGUGGACCAUUAUCUGGAGCAUGACAUCGGUGAUCAUUUUCAUGCUGCUAAUUCAUCCUGGACGAGUUCAGAUCACAGUGUUGGACAAAAUUAAAGGCAAAAUUGAAGCAGGGUUUCUUACGAGCAUCAGCGAGUACAGACAGCUACAAAUUGUGUCGACUUUGCAAAACGAAAUCUUCAAAUCACCAGCAAUGCCUGUAUAUCUCGGAGGAUCAAUAACAGCAGAGGUGGCUUCUAUUUACGCCCUGAUAAGAUCAUCGCAUGAGUUACCAGCACCGGUAUUUGGUUUAUUUUGCACCGUCGCAACGACAUUUUCUAUCUUUAUCCAGGUUGGGCUUAAAGUAGUAGCGUAUCCAAAUCUUAGGUCCAAUAAGUUGCGAGACACGUGGAAGUCGCAGAUGAACAAGUGGCUCAAAAUGUACUUGAGGAGUAUCAAACCACUAAAGUUGUCAAUGGGGGAUGGUACUUUUUUUGAUCAGUUGACUUCCCUGAAAAUUUGGCAAUUUGCAAUUCAGCAGCUUAUAACUCUCAUGCUAAUAUAAACGCAGCCCUCGGAAAUAUUGGCGUCAUUAUUCGUCAGAGAUGUGCAUAUAUUUAUGCAUUUAUUAAAAACGUGAGGUAUUUUGAACAAUGAUGCCUUUUUUACUUGACACUAACAAUAAGUGCAAAUUUUUGGAGACCGACAGGUUUUGAGAAAGCCGAAAUAAUUCAGAAAAUAGUCUGUAAGAUGGCCUGACUAUCAACUAUGGUGAAUUUAUACCAUUAUUUAUUAUUGUACUCAUUUAAAAUUAUGCAAGCGUACUAGUGUUGAAACUAUACGAUAUUUAGAUUAUUUUGCGAACAUUCCGAUUCAGUCUUGAUCGAUUCUCUCAACAAAUGUAUGCAUGCAUGUACCUAAGUGGCCUCAUGCGAAUGGAUUAAUCCUAAAUAAAUCAAAUUGUCGCUUCAUUCAAUUUUACGUCGAAGUAUUUAGCUAGAUUAUUCAGUCCAUUUACAAUUCUAUGUAUCUUAUGUAACUUUGGCUUGCUUCCUACUUCUCUUGUGCUCAAGGAAAAUUUCAAUACACUUUAUUUAUAAACAUUUUUAAUGUUAUAUUUUCAAUUUUGUACCUGUAAUUUUGUAUGUAUUUAGAUUUAAAAUUUUGUUGCUAUAAAUUUUUCAGUAAUCCAAGUCAAUUAAAGAAAUGAAUUAAAGCUAAUUAAUAACGAAGACAAAACCCAAUAUUUAUAUAACUAUCCGGUAAUUAUAUGAUGA